AUGGCGGCGGUAACGGCGCUACCGGUCUCCCUCUCGGGCAGGUUUAAGGGAUCCUUUGCAUAUUUUACGAUUAAAGACAGACUGCCCCAGAUCCUCACUAGAGUUAUUGAUACUCUGCAUCGACAUAAAAAUGAAUUUUUUGAAGAACAUGGUGAGAAGGGUGUUGAAGCAGAGAAGAGAGCUAUAUCUUUUCUCUCCAAACUGCGGAAUGAACUGCAAACAGACAAACCAGUGACCCGUUUAGAAGAUGAGCUGCCUGAUGCUGUGCUGUGGAACCAAUACCUAGACUACCAACGAAAUUUAUCAAAUGGAAAUGGAGAACCAAGUUGGUUUCAGUCCCCUUGGUUAUAUGUAGAGUGUUACAUGUAUCGAAGAAUUCAUGCAGCAUUAGCACAGAACCCACCUAUUGACAAAUUUGAUGUAUUUAAAGAAGGAAAAGCUCAAAAUUUCUUUGAAUCCCAAGAGGCUGUUAUUGCCUUAUGCACUUACUUUCAGGAACUUCUUAAAAACAUCAAGGAUCUAGAUGAAAAGCAACUUCAGGAGGAACUUUUUAAGCUAUUGCAGGUGUCAUUGUGGGGCAAUAAGUGUGACCUUUCUUUUUCAGCUGGUGAAGACAGCUCUCAGAAAUCUAGUCCUUUACAAUCCCUGGAAAACAUGAUACCUUACAUCUUAGUGAAUGAUAUGGAAAAACUUUGGUUACUACUUAUAAACGCCAAAAAAAGAAAUACAGAAACAAGUAGUGUUAGAGUUGACAUAAUCCUGGAUAAUGCCGGAUUUGAACUUGUGAGUGAUCUUGUGUUGGCUGACUUCCUGUUAUCGUCAAAGCUAGCUGAUGAAGUCCAUUUUCAUGGAAAAAGUAUUCCAUGGUAUGUGUCAGAUACCACAAAGCAUGAUUUUAACUGGACUAUUAAACAACUGCAGUCAGCUAAUCAUAUGUGGAUGUCUAGAUGUGGGAUAAACUGGGAGGGCAAUUUGAAAAAGGGAGUUUGGGUUUACCGUGAUCACAUGUUUUGGACUUUGCCACAUGACUUUUCCAGUAUGGCUGAAGUUGCUCCUGAAUUGUAUGCUGAUAUACAGAAGUCAAACUUGAUCCUUUUCAAAGGUGAUCUAAACUAUAGAAAAUUAACAGGAGAUAGAAAAUGGGAAUACACUGUUCCGUUUCAUGAAGCCUUGAACAAGUUUCAUCCUGCACCUCUCUGUAGUUUGAGAACACUGAAAUCUGACACUCAGGUUGGCCUAAAACCUGGACAAGGAGAACAAAUUCAGGCUUCUGAACCUGAAUGGAUGGAAUCUCAUGAUCAUGUUCUUUUGGGUAUUCCUGUCCCUAGAGAGCAGAUGAAUCGCUAUCGAGCUGCAGCUGAAACUGCUCAAAGUGAACUUGCAGCACUUUCGGUGAAGUAUGAUUGUGCCCAGUCAGAGCUUCUUGAACUCAGGUCCAGAAUGGUCUCUAAAGAAGCCUCUUUUCAAGAGCUGAAGGCUGAAGCUGAAAGCUACAAGGAAAACAAUGCUAGACAGAUGUCUCACCUGCUGUCUUUGCAAACCCAAAUUCAGGAGAUGAAGGAAGAGGCGUGUGUGCUCGCCACUUCUAAAAACCAGGCUGAGCUGACAGCUCAGGUGGCAGUCAAGGAAAACUGGGAGCUGAAGGAGGAGCUUCGUGAGCAAAAUGCCAAACUUAAUAAAUAUUUGAAUGAGUGUGAAGAAAGCAUGACUCAAGCUUCUAAAAUCAGCAGAAAGUAUGAAGAACUCCUUGCAGAGCUUUCUGGAUUCUUGGACACAGACAUCAGAGAAAAAGAGAAACCACAGGAACAUUUAACGUCAAAGGUCUCUGAAAUAUGUAAAGAAAAUCUGACACUAAAAGAUCAGGUUGCUGCUCUUCAAGAAACUAUCAAUGUCCAUGAGAUGGAGUCCAAAGCUAGUAGAGAAACUAUUAUGAGGCUUGUUUCAGAAGUGACCAAGGAGCAGAAAAAGGCAGCAGGAUACUAUCAAGACAUGGAAAAACUUAGUAAGGAUCUUGACAGCGCUAUAAUAGGGAGACAGAGUUUGGAGAUGGAGAUCAGAAACCUCCAAGAUAAACUGACUGGUAACCAGAAAGAUUUGGAUGCUGCAAUGUGGGAACUGCACAAUCUGAAGAAGUCUUCCAGUGAGCUGGAUGGAAGCUUGAAAAGCAGCAGAGAAGAGGCCAGGACUGCUCAGAGCUCUUUAGUGGCUUUUAAAGAGCAAAUUGCUACUCUACUCAGUGGUGGAUCUGCAAUAGUUAAACCUUCUGAGAAGGCCAUUUUGGAGAGGAUCCAAGAAAUAAAUUGCAAAGAGGAGAGUAAAGAAAUAAUGGUAUCUCAGCUUGAAACCCAAAUAGCUAAAUUGACCGAAGCUUUGGAAAAUCAGACCAGAUUGUACCAAGAAGCUCUGGAGAGGAGCAGGAAAGCUGAGAAAUGUUCUGAGACUUUCCAGGAUCAACUGAAACACUUGGAAGAGGAAUUACUGUCUGUAGAUCUGAUGCAAGAUGGUUUGAAGCUUGAGAAACAAAAAUAUCUGAAAUUUCUGGAGCAACUUAAUGAGAAGAUGAAGCUGGAUAGCCUAGCAGCAGAGGUUGGAUAUGAUAUGAAUGUGGAUGCAAUUCUAGCCCGGGUAGAGCAGUUAGUGAAACUGGAAGGUGAUGCAGUGAUUGAAAACAAGACUAUGGCAUAUAGCCUAAGAAGGAAGUUGAAGACUCAGAAGGAAAAACUUGAAAGCAAAGAGCUGCACAUGAACCUUCUGCGGCAGAAAAUAACCCAGCUAGAAGAAGAGAAGCAAGUAAGGACCGCCUUAGCUGUAGAGAGGGAUGAGGCCAAUCUCGCUGUCAGAAAGUUACAUAAGAUGACAGAGAGGUUGCAGAAGCAGCUUGAUCUGGCAAGGGAAACAAAUACUGAUCUCAAAGCCAAGCUGUCUGAAACCAAUGAACUUAAGAUCAAAACUUUGGAGCAGAACAGAACAAUAGAAGAACUCAAUAAGUCUCAAGGCAAAUUGGAAAGAAUGAAAGAAAAGGCAGAGAGACAACUUACCUCUGUCAAAUCAGAACUUCUUUUAAAGGAGCGUAAAGCUACUGAAGAUAAAGAAAAAAACAAAAAUAUGUUAGAAGCAGUUACCAGUGAGAUGAAGGUGCUUAAAACAACUCUUGCAGAAUUAGCAAAAAGAGAGAGACAGCUGGCAGAUUUCCGAGAGGUGGUCUCGCGGAUGCUGGGCCUCAACAUUGCCAGCCUGGCUCUUCCUGACUACGAAAUCAUUACACGUCUUGAAGGGUUGAUUCACUCUCAUCAGCACCACUGCUUCCCCUGUGUCUGCCCCAAAGAUGUGGCAACGGCACCAGAGGAACACUCACAAAGAAACAUACAUCUUCUUCACUGAAACACACGUUUUGUAAGGAGACAGAACAAAGUAAAAUUUUCUUUUGUGCUUCCCUACCCGCUAGACAUGCAUAGAAAACAGAUAUUUGUUUCUGUUCCCUACUCUACAGAUACUGACUUGGGCUGAUUUUUAGUGUUUCAGUAGGGAGACUGAGCCGAAUGGAUAGAGUAAAGCCAGCAGCCUAGAGACAGCAAAUAGAAAAUUCCUGGGCAGCAUAAUACUUCAUUUAUGAAAAUGAUAGGCAAUAUGUGAACAAUGUAUAGCCCUCCAGUUUCAUUGCAGAGGCACUGAAGGUGUGGGCCAUCCGAGGUCAGUUCACAGUUUUAGGAAGUACUUGCUAAUGAAUGUCAGCUUCAGUGACAUUCCUUGUGCUUUACCUCUGGGUGACAGGGAUGAAAUAAAGUGGGAGUUGUCCCGCUGCUGUUCCUCUUGCAAAAUGGGACCUCUCUCUGCAUUUUUAUGCAUAAGGACUUUAGCUUCAAAACACUUAGCUGGAAGUUAGACAGAGGACUAUCACAAUUUUGGAACAAGGGAUUUUUUUCUUCUGUUGUUUUCCUUAGUCUGCUCUUGUGCCAAACCAAAAAGUUAUGCUUUUUCAGCAAAGGCUCUUUCACAGGGUCCAGUCAUGUGCCUGAUGUAGAUAUAUUUGGUAAAUUUGCAUGUUGCCCUUGGUCUUGAUGCCUUGAAAAUUUUUCUUCUAGCUGCUGUAUUCCUUGGGCAAUUAAUCUAUAGGCCAAAUAAGCUGCAGUUCUUCUGAGUUAAUAAAAAGUUAUUUUAAAAUGCUUAUCCACUACAGAAGAUAGUUUAAUUACUAAAGUCUUUAUUUUCAGAAAAGCAAUGAUGAGGUGUCCAGAACUACCUCUUAAUCGUAAAAACUGCUUGUCUAUCACCCUUUCUAAGCGUUGUUAAAGUCAUGAUUUUUUUAAAGAAAUUUAAACAAUAAAUCUG